CACUCCCUUUGGAAUCCCCAGCGAAGACGGCGACUCCACAGAGCUAGGACGCAAACCUGUGCUUUAUGACUCACCCUGCACACCAUGCGGCUGUGCUUUUACCAGGUGUAUGAAUUUCUAUUUGUAUAAAUAAGUUACUAGUAUAUAUUACAACUCUUAAGUGCAGAUAUUGAUAUCCAAAAAUAAAGUAUAUUUCUUUAAUAUUAUUUUACUUUCAAUAUAAAUGUAAUAUUAAUAGUACUUUAACAGUAUUAUAUGCAUGUAAAACAAAAUGUGUUACUAGCAUUUGCAAUAUUCACCUAAAAUAAACAAUAUACUCAGCAUAUAGUUAUUUAUUGCAGCUAGUUAAAAUACACUGUUUUUUUACUCUGUAUAAAACUGUUUUAACACUGAUGAAAAUAAUAAAUGAAUUACAAAAGGGAAAAGUUACAGAAAUACAAACUAUAACGUUAUCUUACCUUUACAAUAUUACAUUUGAACGUUAUACGUUCUGUAUAACACAAUACUUAUACUUUGCUUAUUAUUGAAAACACACAUGGUUCACAUAUGUCUAUGCAUUAAAGUAGGCUAUUAAAACUCGGUUUUGUAUUAGAUAACGACAACAUUAAUAUACCUGUAUAUUGUUUGUUUGUUUGAAACAAUAGUGAAAGGAGAAAAGAGUCUCAACUGUAUAUGUCAUAUGUGUUGUAACAAAGGAUCACACACAGCAAGCAUAGACUCUAACGACUCGAAAACAAAAAAGAUUUAUUGUUAACUAGGACUUCAUUUGAAUCUGUGCUAAGGGUAAAGGUGACCAUUUAGAGAAAAAUUAAUCAGGCUUGAGUAUUUAAAAUCUGUGAAGGACUGGAAGGACCAGAUGCUGGCUAAAGACAGAAGAUGGGCUUUUUCACCAAACUCUGGACUUUCCGCAAGAUCUUCAUUCUUGUGCUCACUCCACUGCUGCUGCUACCACUUCCAUUACUCAUUGAUACAAAAGAAGCACAAUGUGCUUACACACUGUUUGUAGUUGCUGUUUACUGGCUAACAGAAGCAAUACCACUUGCAGUGACUGCUCUCAUCCCAGCCCUGAUGUUUCCUUUGUUCGGCAUUAUGAAAUCCAAAACGGUGGCCUCAGCGUAUUUCAAAGACUUUCAUCUCUUGCUAAUUGGAGUUGUUUGUUUGGCCACGUCGAUUGAAAAGUGGAAUUUGCACAAACGCAUUGCUCUGAGGAUGGUUAUGCUGGUAGGAGUCAACCCGGGAUGGCUUAUGAUGGGGUUCAUGAUCAGUUCUGCCUUCCUGUCUAUGUGGCUUAGUAACACCUCCACUGCUGCCAUGGUGAUGCCAAUUGUUGAGGCUGUUAUUCAGCAGAUUCUAAAUGCUGAAGCUGAGGUUAAUGCUAUACAAAUGAAAAAUAUGGAUGGAACAUCAAAUUUAGGACUACAACUUGAUGAGGAUGAAGUAAAACAUGAAAAUAACACAGAAGCAGAAAGCAAUGGAGUUGAACAUAAUACUGUGUGCAAAAUAGAACUGGAGGAUACGUCUCCACAAAGAUCGGUGCCUAAACCAGAGAUGGAAAGAAAAUACUUAAGCAAGAAAGAUCAUAUGAUGUGCAAAGGAAUGUCGCUGUGCAUUGCAUAUUCCUGCACCAUUGGAGGAUUGAGCACCAUAACAGGAACAUCCACCAACCUUAUUUUUGCUGAACACUUCAAUAACCGUUACCCAGAUUGUCACUGCAUUAACUUUGGAACUUGGUUUGUUCUCACCUUCCCGAUAACUAUUAUCAUUCUGAUUCUAUCCUGGGUCUGGCUGCACUGGCUUUAUCUUGGCUUCGACUUUUCCAGAAUGUUCAGAUGUGCUAAGGAUAAAUCAGAAAAAGAGAAAGCCUCUGCAAAAAUCAUAAACAAUGAAUAUAAACAACUUGGUUCAAUAAGCAAUCAAGAACUUGUCACACUUGUUAUAUUUAUCUUAAUGGCGCUGCUUUGGUUUACAAGAGAUCCUGGAUUUGUUCCUGGAUGGUCAUCACUCUUUCCUCAAUACAAGGGUUAUGCAACAGAUUCUACUGCAGCUUUAAUUCUUGGCCUUCUAUUUUUCAUCAUUCCUGCAAACAUGCCAAACAACUCUUCAUGUGGCAAAAAGAGUUAUUUGUCCUACACUACAUUGAUUACAUGGAAGGAAUUCCAGUCAUGCAUGCCCUGGGAAAUUGCUCUCCUUGUGGGUGGUGGGUUUGCACUGGCACAGGGCACUGAGGAUUCUGGACUUUCUGCGUGGGUGGGAAGUAAGCUAACUCCUUUAGGAUCCCUUCCUAUUUGGGUAACCAUUGCAGUGUCUAGCUUAAUUGUAACCAGCGUGACUGAAGUUGCAAGCAAUCCAGCUACUAUCACAAUAUUCCUGCCUAUACUGUCUCCCUUGGCUGAAGCCAUUGGUGUCAAUCCUCUCUAUAUUUUGAUACCAACUACAUUAUGCACAUCAUUUGCGUUCUUGCUGCCAGUGGCAAAUCCACCUAAUGCCAUUGUCUUUACCUAUGGUCAUCUACAAGUAAUAGAUAUGGUAAAGGCUGGACUGGGAGUUAACAUCAUUGGAGUUCUUGCUGUCAUGCUGGGUGUACGAGUAUGGGGAGUCCCUCUUUUUGAUCUGGAGACAUAUCCAUCCUGGGCUCCACCACAUUUCAUUGCCAACAUAACUGGCCCAUAAAUGCUGAGUGAUAUGUAAUGGGGAGCAAGGCAAUGACACUCACAUGUAUGAAGCCAGCAGCAGGGGUGUAGUGGAAAAAAAAACAUUAUCAACAGUUACCCCACAUUUAAAUUAAACAUCAACAGUGUCAAGAUAUACAUACUAAUGCUUACUAGCACCUGAAGUAUAAAAACAUAUAAUAUGAACUGUGUAUUUUAAUUAAAAAAAUAAAUAUAUUAAUAUUAGAUGAACACUGUUUGAUAAAAAAGUGUUCUCUGUCUCCUGCUCGCUUCUUCUCCUUCACCACUUGGCGUCUGCAUUUCAAAAUAAACCUCCCCUUACCUGGUUAGUUUGAGACACAGUUGCCCUCCAGUCUUUAAUUAACUGCUAUUUGUUUUAAAGAAAAAAUACAUCUUAAUGUUACAAAAUGAAGAAAUAAACACCUUGAGAGUGCUCAAGGGAACUUGGAUUACAUUAUUUAAUUGUUUGGUUCUAGUUUUGUCAAAUUAACAGCCAUUGUGACUUCUACCCAAAAAUAGCAGUUAAUUAAAAACUGGAGUAAACACUUUGAAAAUAUGGUCCAGCUAGUCUUGCAAUGGGGAAACACCAAAUAGUGGUAGCAAUACAGAAGAUGGUUGUUUCAUUGUGUUGAAGCUAUUCAGCAGAUAACCCAGACAACAUGAACGCUAUGCCAGUCAAAAACUAUUUCAAAGCCAUUGAAAUCUACACAAAUGUAAAUAAAUCAUGUAAUGAUGGAAAAGGAUCUGGACAGAAAAUGAAUUUCCCUUUAAAAAAAUUGGGUUUUUAACUUUUCUGUUUUCAGUAUUUAUAAAGCAGGUCAUGUGUUCUAACUUACAAUAUAUUUAAUCUUUAACAGAAUAUCCUUUUGACUUUUGUUGUUAUACAUGGGAAAUGUGCUGGUCUGACAUCACAGUCUUUUUAUAUAUUCCAUUUAUAAUAAAAAAAAUAAAAAAUGAAAUAACAUUUUUUAGUUUUGUUGCGGCUAUUUUGCAAGCUUGUUUAAUAAUAAAAAUAAAUAAAUAAACAAACAAAAAACCUUUAUUGGAUUUUCACUGCACAACAUAGACAUCACUAAAGGAUUAUGAAGUACAUUUUUAAAAUACUGCAGCAUCUCACAGUGGUUUUUCAUUUGACAUUAAAAUAUAAUUCCAUAAUUUAGCACUUUAUCAGGAAGCAGACCCUGUUGACUGCCCUAGUUGUUUACAUUUCCCAAAGGUAGUUCUAGCUCUGAAGACACAAAUGUCUUUCUUGAACCUCACCCUGCCAGCUUAAUAGCUGUGCAAAUAUUACUACUUCAGCAACUGGAGGCUACACAUUACCAUCUUUAACCUUUUAGGAUUUAGAAAAACAACAUCAAAAUGCCACAGAGCUUAUGUCCGAAAUGUCCUAAAUACUUUUGUAUUUGUACUUGUGCACCUUUACUAUUAAUUUAAAGGUGUUUUUGUUUGUAUAUCUAGUUUAGAUACAUAUUUGAAAAAAAAAAAGUACCCUAGGAUACUCCUGUAGCUUUUUUCCUCAGCAACAUAUGUAGAAUUCGUACCUUCCUCACCGACUACUCCAAACAGCUCCUAGUUCAGGCACUGGUACUGUCCCGCCUUGAAUACCAGAACUCCUUCAUUGCCGGCCUCCCUGCUUCCGCUAUCCGUCCGCUCCAGCUCAUCCAAAACUGCUGCUCGCCUUGUCUUUCCCUUCCUCAUUUCUCCCACGUUUCUCUGCUACUCCACUACCUCCACUGGCUCCCUAGUGCUGCUCGCAACCAAUUCAAAAUUGUUGUACUCGCCUAUCACUGCCUCAACCUUUUUGCACCCUCCCACCUCCAGACUAUUAUUUCUCCUUACACCCCCUCUCAUCCUCUCCGCUUCUCUGUCACUGGCAGAUUAGCUGUACCCUCCAUCUGCUCCCCUGCCUUCAGAGCCUGCUCCUUCUCCACCCUUGCCCCUCAGUGGUGGAACAACCUACCCACAGAUAUCAGGACUACUCAGUCCCUGACCACCUUCUGGCGCCUCCUCAAGACACACCUGUUCAGAUGGCAUCUGUAAACCUCACAACUCUCGACUAUACUGGACUAGAUGGCACCCAACUGUAUCAGCACUGUAUCAUCUUGUACUUGCACUUAACUGCUCCUCACUUUGCUGUAUUCUACUACUGCUCUCAAUCAUAAUUAUAUUUUCUGUAUCUUGUACUUGAUUUUACUUGAUUCAUCUUUUUUUGUAAUUGCUCUUAUUUAAAAUCGUUCUUAUCCAUUUAUUGUACAUACUACUUGCUCUUAAUGGAAUCUACUCUUAUAACCAAAUAUUUUAAAGUUUAACUGCUCUUAGUCAUAAUCGCUCUCAAACGUAAUUAUUUACUGUAUUUUUUUAUUUUCUCUCAUUUGAAUUUGCUCUUACUGACUUUAUUGUAUUUUAUAACUGCUCUUAUCUGUAUUGUGAUAUGUUGUAUUGUGAUAUUUUGUAAUGUGACACUUUGUAACAACUGUAAGUUGCCCUGGAUAAGGGCAGCUGCUAAGAAAUAAUAAUAAUAAUAAUAAUAAUAAUAAUAAUAAUAAUAAUAAUAAUAACACUGCCAAGACUGUGAAGGAAAUCUCCUGAGGUACACGCUGCACUGCGGUACUCUUGUACUGCUUCUUACUACUGUCAAUUUGUCAAAACUGCUUUUAACUUUAUUAAUAAAAUAUUCAGAGGA